AUGAACGGCUGGCUAGUCUUCAUCAUAAUCCUGCUCCUCAUCUUCUCCGGCUCCUACUUCGGCUGGUACUUCUACGCGCGAUGGAACGCCUCGCGCAACGGCCUGCCCCCACCGUCCAUGAACCCCAUCACCGCCUUUAAAAACCGCUCCUCAGGCGCCGCCGCAUCCAACUACCCCGGCCCCGCGCCCACCGGCAUCAAAGGCUUCAUUGACACGCAAAUCCGUAAAUUCAAAAACAGAAACAACCGCACCGCCGCCGGCGCCUACGAGGAGCCUGGCUACAACGCCUCCCGCGGCCGCGGCGCCGGCAGCAGACUCGACCCGGACGAGGCGUGGAGUGCGCGUGUCGGCGACGAGGCGUACUACGAAGAGCAGGAACUCGGGCUUCACGAACCCAGCUCCACAAGCGCGAAUCCCUAUGCAAACACUGCCUACGCGGCGCCGUACCCGGGCAUCGAGGAGCCGGCGCGCGGACGCAGUCGCCAGCGUGACUCGUACGACGAACAUCUGGACGGCAGGAGCGCGCAUUCGAAUCCGUUCGGGGAUGACAAUGCGGCGAGUUUGAGGGGCGUUAGCCCGAGGCCGUUGGGCAAUGAGGAUACGAGUUACCAUGGGGGUGCGACGGCGCAGAUGCCCGCGGGCCCGAGCCAUAAGAAGAGUGGGAGUCAGGCGCCGAGCCCGACGGAGAGCAGGAGGAGUAUCUUCAAGGAGGACAUACGGUGA